UGCAAUGUAAGCAGGCUGGCUUUAGUUCAAACCAAAACUUCGGGCACCAUGGACGCUACUUUUAGAAAAACUAUGACAUCUGUUACAGAUGUUUUAUUUCCAGUUAAUAAAUCUGCACGAGAUCCUCAGAAACACCAGAUUUUGAAAACAGGAAAUGAAUAUGUGACGAACUUACCUCUACAAAUGCUGAUUUACUUCAAUGCGUUCUUUUCACCUCUUUGGCUUAUUACCUGCAUUGUUAUGCUGGAGGCUAAGUUCAACUUCCUCUCAGACUUGUACAGAAUUGUCCUGAUUUCUGUUUACAUUGCGUAUUCUCUUGUUGAGAUCAUCCGCCUAUACUUGGGGUAUGUUGGAAACCUUAUGGAAAGAGUUCCAGAGCUAGCUGGAUUUUGGCUGCUGACUGUUUUGCUUCAGCUUCCUCUGAUUUUGCUGCUGCUUUUCAAUACUGAUGCUCUGCUCUUACCACUGGAAAGGGCCAUUCACAUAGUUAAAGCCUUGUUUGUCGUCAGUGAAGUCAUCGUUGGAUAUUUCGCGAUUCGUAUCAUGGUCAAUUAUCAAGUAACAAAAUAUCACCUACAGCAGUUUACUGCAUUAGAUGAAGUAGAUAAUGAGUAUUGGCCAGAAUCUAGAUACACAACAUAGGUCUGCAAGGCUGUGUGUGUAUAAAAGUCUUCCUGUGCAUACAAGGACAUAAAACAUGUUUCUAGUGACGUUUAUCAGAAGGAUCAGGAAAAAAAAUCUUUAUGUAUGCAUACAGCACAAGUGAGACCUAAAUAGCUAGGCCAAGGACUGUGAUGAUAUUCCUUUGUUUGAGAAGCUCUGCUUAUAUUUGUAAAUGCAGUCCAUGCACAUUGGCUGUCGUGGUUUCAGUUCUUGCCUUAGGCAAACUGUUCUUUCUCUGCAUGGCAUCUGAUUACAGGGCUGGCUGCCUUAGUUUGGCUUGGCAUAAAACACCCACAUCCCCACCCACUUUGCCAUUUGAUUUUGUAUAUUUGUGAUAGAUUUUAUAAUACUGAUUACUAAAUCUUUAAAAAAAAAAAAAAAAAAU